AUGGAGAUAUUAUCAGGCUUGCAAAAAGGCCAUGGGUCCGAUGACAUGGGAACCUUCAUUGCUAUCUUGGCUUUGACCGCUGUUGCUCUUGCCGACAACGCUCCCUACAAACCAGCUCCUUCCUACAAGGAGCAACCCGCUGCCUACCAAUACCAAUACGCCGUGGCUGACGAUUAUGCCGGAGUUAACUUCGGCCAAAAUGAGGCCCGUGAUGGUUAUGCCACCAACGGCGAAUACCGUGUUGCCCUUCCCGAUGGCCGCACCCAAAUUGUGACCUACAAUGUGGCUGAUGCUUACUCCGGAUAUGUGGCUGAUGUGCGAUAUGAAGGAGAGCCCAAGUACGAGUCCUACAAACCUGCCCCUGCUCCUUACAAGCCCGCUCCUUAUAAGCCCGCCCCUUACAAGCCUGCUCCUUACAAGCCUGCUCCUUCUUACUCCGCCUAAGAAGUGCCUCCUUUGUACAUUUCUCUUAUUUAUUUUUGAUAGUAUUUAUGGAGAAAUAGAAUAUCAUACCUUCUGCAAUGUCAA